AUGGGUGCACUGCACGAGGGUCACCUCAGCCUGGUCGAUGCUUCCGCAGCCGAAUGUGAUUUCACCGUGGCCAGUAUCUUCGUCAACCCAACUCAGUUCGCCCCGGGUGAAGACUUCGAAAAAUACCCCCGCGAUCUGGAGGCCGACGCCAAGGCGCUCGCCAAACGCGGCGUCGAUUUGAUCUUCGCCCCAGAAGUCGACGACAUGUACCCCGAGAACUACUGCACCUUCGUCAACCUGGAAGGAAUCGCCUUACCGCUGGAAGGUGAGUUCCGCCCCGGUCACUUCCGCGGUGUGGCCACCAUCGUGCUAAAGCUAUUCAAUACCGUCUCACCCGAUCGCGCGUACUUCGGGCAGAAGGACUAUCAGCAAACCCUGGUCGUGCGUCGCAUGGUGACCGACCUAAUGGUGCCGGUAGAGGUUCGCGUUUGCCCCAUCGUUCGUGAACCCGACGGCUUGGCGAUGAGUUCGCGGAAUGCCUAUCUGGACACCCAAGCCCGCCAGCAUGCCCUGGUGGUGCCGCGAAGCUUGCAGAAAGUCGAAGCGAUGAUCGCCCAAGGCCAACGCAACAGUGCCAGCAUUCUGGCCGAAGCGAGGGCCAUGUUCGACGACGUGCCCAAUGCCAGCAUCGACUACAUCGCCCUGGUCGACCCCAACACGUUGACCCCCGUCAAAGAAGUCUCCGGCCGCACCCUAGCCGCCGUGGCCGCUCAUAUUGGCUCAACACGCUUGAUCGACAACCGCCUCAUCGACCCACCCGGCCCCGCCGACUCCUCCAUGCUCCGAACCAUCUUUCACAUUCCGGCCGAAGUUGGCGGAGUACCAACCUUUGGAUUCGGCUGGCUGCUGGCCGUGUGGGUCGUGUUCAGCAUUGGUCUGCUGGCGUACCUCACCUACCGGCAAGGUUUCAAUGCCGACACCAAAGGCUGGCUCCCGAUUUUGCUUCUCGUCGCCGCGGGCAUUGCCUGGGCCACCCCGAAUCUGGUCGAUUCGCAAGGUCUGCCGAUUCGUGGGUUCGGCACCAUGAUGCUCCUGGCCGCCGUCUCGGGAAUUGCCUUGGCCGUUUGGCGGGCGAAGCGGAUGGGGAUCGAUCCCGACCUGAUUCUUUCCAUGGCCUUCGUCGUGUUCAUCGCCGGCAUUGUUGGUGCACGCCUGUUUUACGUCAUCGAAUACUGGGACGAGUUCCAGGCCGACACCCUCGGCGGCACGUUGGCUGAACUGCUGAACGUCGCCCAAGGUGGGCUCGUCUUCUACGGUUCCAUCAUAGGCGGCGCGAUCGCCUUCUUCGCCUGUACCCGAUACUACAAGGUUCCGUCGCUGGCCCUCUGCGAUGUCAUCGCCCCCAGCCUGGCAAUCGGCCUGGCCCUGGGCCGCAUAGGCUGCUUCAUGAACGGCUGUUGUUACGGCGCGACGUGCGACCUGCCCUGGGCUGUCAGCUUUCCGCAGGGUAGCCCCCCGCAUGCCCGGCAGGUUCGCGACGGCGACCUCUACCUGCACGGGCUGAAGUUCAAAGAACCUCGCGAUGGCCCAGCAAUCGUGGCCGAAGUCGAACCGGGUUCUCCGGCCGAAGCAGCCGGCCUGGCCGCGGGCGAUCAGAUCUGGCGAAUCAACGAUUUCGACGUCGAUCGCGCCUAUCAAGCGCAGCUUGCACUGCUCAGCAUUUACGGUGAAGGUACCGAACUCGAUGUGGCCGUUCGCGGCGAGGCCCAACCUCACCAUUGGCGAAUCGAAGCGGCCGAGCAAAGCCUGCCCGUGCAACCCACCCAACUCUACAGCGCCAUAUCCGCCUUCUUGCUGUGUCUGCUGUUGAUCGCCUACACACCCAUGCGCCGCCACGAUGGCGAAGUGAUUGCCCUGUUGGCUACCGUCUACCCCAUCACCCGGUUCCUGCUGGAAAUGAUCCGCACCGACGAACCCGGCGUGUGGAUCACCGGCCUCACCAUCUCCCAGAACAUCAGCCUGCUACUGUUCCUCGGCUCCAUCGCGCUGUGGUUCUACAUCCUCAACCAACCCCGCGGAACCGUCCUCCAAGGGCCAACGGCAUCAACGGCGCAUUAA